AUGGCUAAACAUAAUUCAAGAUUAAAUAAUGUUAGAUACAAAUAUCCUUUACCUAUUCAUCCAGUAGAGACUACAUUACCUUUACCUGAGUUACUUCCACAUAAUCCGUUUUCCUGGAUAUAUUGGUUUUAUAAAUACUAUCGACUGGUGUAUAGUAACAAUGAGGAUAAUUUACUUGAAACAAAGAUUACUAUAGAUAUAAUUGGUGGUGACAGUUUUCCUCAUAUAAUGGUUAGAGAUAAGAAUGAUAUGUUAUAUCUGUGGGAAAAUGGCUUUUUUGGGACUGGAACCUUAUCAAGAAGUGAACCUACAUGGUAUACCAGAAUGAAUCAAAUAGUCAAUGGAGAUAUCACAUUAAACACGGGAGAUAUAAAUGAAUUGGAACAGAUUACAAGAAGAAGACGUCUUGAACGAUUGGAGUUUAAAAAAUUGAGAGAGAAAUUACAAAUGGAGUUGUUAGAAUUGAAGAAACAAAGUGCUCUAUCAGGCAGUGACAUUGACAGUAAUGGUGGAUUGGACGAGACAGAAUCUUUAAAAAGAAUUAAUGAUUUGUUAUUGAAACAAAGGGAACAAUUACGUGAUUUUAAAGCUUUACAAGAGUCGUAUAAUAAACAAAAUAUAGGUAUACAUGACAAUGUAAUGGAUAACUUACAAUUCGAUUAUGAGUCAUUAUUGGACGAAAAUGGCGAUUUGUUAUCAUUAGAAUCAUUAGAAUUAAUGCCAGUUGAAGCCACGUUUUUAAGUUUUGCAUUGCCAGUUUUAAAUAUAACACCAAGAGAAUUAUUUAGAAAAAUUUUGCCAAAUAAUGAUAAUAGCUCAUAUGAUACAGUUCACAGUUUUAUUAUUCACUAUGUAGCAUAUCAUUUCUAUAGAUCACAUGGUUGGUGUGUCCGAUCUGGUAUAAAAUUUGGAUGUGAUUAUUUAUUAUAUAAAAGAGGUCCCCCAUUUCAUCAUGCAGAGUUUUGUAUAAAUGUAAUGGAUAAUGAUCCUUUAUAUUAUAGAAGCAAUAAAAAUAUGCAUGAUUAUACGUGGUAUUCAAGAAUAUCUCGUGUGAUAGGUGGUGCGAAAAAAGCAUUGAUCUUGAGUUAUGUGACAAGACAGACCACAAAGAAACAAAUUAUGGAAUGGUGGAUAAAGGGACAAUAUCACAAAGUGUUUAAUUCAUAUGAAAUCAGUGAAAUCAUAUAUAAACGUUGGGUCCCAGGUAGAAAUAGAGAUUGA